ACCAAACUUUUGUGAAAGCAGUCGCUCGUUUCAGCUGAAUUUCUGGUAAUAUUCGCCCUUCAAAUAUGUCUGCGGGCGACAAGAUAGACCUAAGUCUAGAUGACAUCAUAAAAAUGAACAAGAAGGGUGGGGGAGGCGGUGGAAGAGGCCGCGGAGGGCGUCGUGGUGGUACGAGUGGGUUGAGAGGACGCGCGGGCACAUCCCGAGGCCGGGGCGGCCGUCGUGGGGCAGCUGGCGGUGGGGUUUUCCGAGGCGGAGUGCAGAAAAGAAGAGGUGGUAGACCAACACCUUAUUCACGGCCCAAAGAGAUGCCUGAUGUGUGGCAGCACGACAUGUUUGAUGGUGGGUCCAGCCCCUUGAAGAAGCUUGGAGGGUCUAUAGGAGGGGGAGUAGGAGGAGGCCUGCAGGCAGGCAAACUGCUCGUCUCAAACCUGGACUUUGGAGUCAACGACUCCGACAUACAGGAACUUUUUGCGGAGUUUGGGCCCUUGAAGAAAGCUGCUGUCCAUUAUGAUCGAUCUGGGAGAUCUUUAGGCACAGCAGAAGUUAUAUUUGAGCGGAGAUCAGAUGCUGUCAAAGCAAUGAAGCAGUACAAUAAUGUGCCCCUUGAUGGUCGGCCCAUGAACAUACAAUUAGUGGGUUCUCCGGCCAGCGACACCACAUCGAGGUUACAGCAAGGGGGACGACUGGGCUAUUCUGCAGGGAGCUAUGGCGGCGGCAGUGGUGGAGGUGCCCGAUCAGGCAACACAAGAAGCCGUGGAGCUGGGCGAGGUCGAGGGAGGGGAAGAGGGGGUAACCGAGGUGGUCGUCGAAAUCAACAGAAGCCAAUGACAGCGGAAGAGCUAGAUGCGGAACUGGACGCAUACAAUUCCAAGAUGGAUGUACAAUAGAACAAAUUAGAUGCAGUUGAAGAUUUGAUGGACACUUGUAAGUGGAAGUGUAUUUUGGUGGGAUUAUGCUGACUGAUGAAUAGUUGCAUGGUCCAGUGAGGGGUGGCUUGUGUUCCUAGGGCUGUCCUUAUCAUUUUUAUUGUUCUCCAGCUCCAGAUAAGUGGACUCCCUCUGCUGUGACAAACCAAGGUUAUGCCUGUAGGGGUGGUACUGGAAAGACAACUAUUUCAUUGGGCACAGCCCACCAGCCCUGGUGACCCCUCAUCAUAAUGUAUAUAACUGUCAAGUUCCGUGUGCACUGGACAGUGUUUUAAGACAGGCAUCCAUUGUCCUCCCCACUCACAUCAGCUGAACUUACAUGAACAGUCAGAUGUUGGACUUUGAUCAGUCAUGGUGGUCUUUACAUAAAUCGUGUUUUAGUGUCAUAAGUAAUUUAGGAAUUUGAAAGAUUGGUUUAGGUUUUCAUUCAUCUCCAUGACUUUUUUUUUUUUGUUUUUUAAACUCCUGGAACAUGUUGAGUGCUUGUGGAAAGAGUGAUUGUGGUGAAUGGUGUAGAAGGAAGCUCAGGUCAUCCCCAUUGUAACAGUCAUGCUUUUAGUUAUAGAUUGUGUACUUAUUUUAAACUAUUACAUGCCAUUCUGUAUCUACAGCAACUCAAUACUGUUGACAUGUUUGAAAUCUCAUAUGUAAAGAAAAAAAUAAACUUGUCUUAUUUUA